AUGGGAAAGUUCUCAAAAUCGGGCAUGGUCGACGAGUAUUAUGACGAGUACGACGAUUAUGACGAUGACUACUAUGAUGAAGAUUACGACGGAUACGAUGGGUAUGUCGCCCCAAAGGCGCCACCAAAACCAAAACAAGCAGCGAAAAAGACCCCGAAUCAGCAGCCGAAAAAGAAACGAAUUACAAAAGUUCUUUCACAUAUUUCACAGGGAAUAAAUCAAAAUCAUUAUAUCUUUUCUAUUUUCAUGAUUGAUAUUCACGCACCGGGCCAUCGCGACUUCGUGCCAGCCAUGAUUUCCAAAGGAGCUGCGGCAGCUGAUGUGGCGAUGGUGGUGAUAGACGCGACUGGAGAUAAGUUUGAAGCAGGCUUUGCUAGAGGAGGCCAGACAAAAGAGCAUAUCACAAUUGCGAGAGCUUUGGGCUGCGACAAACUGAUUGUGGCCAUCAACAAACUCGACCAAAUUGGCUACGAUAAGUCAAGAUUCGACGAAAUUAAGAGCCAACUAACUGACUUCCUGAAAUCAGCAUCGUAUGAUGUCAAGAAAAAAGUCACAUUUAUUCCAAUUUCUGCCUUAUCAGGUGUCGGGGUUCAGCAUAGCCAUGGCACAGAAUGCCCUUGGUUCACGGGACCAACACUUCUAGGAUCGGAUUACGGAAAAUGGAGAAAGAAUCCAAGUAGAUAUAAUCUUUAG